ACAUCCGGAAAAAUAAUGGCCAAGGACAUAUUUCGAGGCGGAUUUGGACGAAUCUGUCGGCAUUUAUCUGCUAAUCAAAUCCCUGAACGUCAAUGUGGGAGACGUUUUUAUGCAGCAUCGAGACUUCAAGAAUUUGGAAAAUGUGAGGAAACAAGAAGCCCAGACAUUCCCUAUGAUCCAGGACAGCUCUUCCUUCACAAAUCCUUUUUUUAUCGAGGUAUUAUUCUGUUUUCCUGGAAUAGCCAAGUUAUCGAACACACUGGUAUAUCUGCUGACAAAAAACAAGACAGAUUUAGGAAAUACAGAAAUAUCAAGUCCCAUAUCAGUGACAGUAAAGAGGUGAAGAGAAUCUAUCAACAAUAUUACAUGGUACUGAGUGACCGCCGCGAUUCACCAUAUAAGAGGAACAAGAUGGAGGCAAUGCAGUUUUACCGGUUCCCAAAUAGGGACAAUGCAUCUGCAGUAAUAUGUGCUUCAAGUAACACAGACAUCAUUAACCACAAUGACAUCAUACCAUACUCGAGCACAGAGGAAAUGCCAAUUGUCAACGAAGUCUUUAAGUCUUACUUCGAUUAUGACAAAGAUAAAGUGCCAGCAUGUCGAGUGAAGCCGGAGCUGAAUAUCACUAUACAGACCCAGUUCCCGUGGUCAGACAUGGAUAAUGUUGUGUAUAAGGAAACCACUAAAAACAUCCAGGUGACUGGCAUACCCUUCUACUUAGGAUCACAUCAGACAGAGAAAACAUCCAAAACAUAUACAUGGAUGUACUGUAUCCGGAUAGAAAACCUUGGCAUGGACAUACUCCAACUUAGGAAAAGAGAAUGGUUGUUGUAUUGUAAAAUCACAUCGCAGAUUGAUAGUGAACAUGGGCCUUUGGUUACUGGUGAGGAGCCGAUCUUCUCACCUGAUAUGAGAUUUUACCAGUAUGUGUCUCUUGUAAGCCUCAACUCACCUCGGGGAAGUAUGUGGGGAUGCUAUACAAUGACUAGACCCGAUGGUACGGAAGUAAUGAUCAGAAUACCCAGGAUGGAACUUAGGUGUGAUGAUGCCGAAAAAGUUUUAUGAUAAUGAGUAAUUGUGUAAGAUAUUCUAGUUUAUAAAAAACUGUGAUAGAUUUAAAUGAAAAUACGUUGAGCACCAAGCUACGUGUUGGUCUUCAGUGGAGAGCUAGUGGUCAUCUUAUUGGUGACUUGAAAGUCGUUUGUGAAAGGUCAACCCAUUUAGGAAAUGAAGCUCAACCCGCUAAGGAAAUGAAGGUCAACCCAAUCAGAAAUGGAGAUAAACUCAUUGAGGAUAUGGAGGUCGACCCAUUGAGGAUAUGGAGGUCGACCCAUUGAGGAUAUGGAGGUCAACCCAUUGAGGAUAUGGAGGUCGACCCAUUGAGGAUAUGGAGGUCGACCCAUUGAGGAUAUGGAGGUCGACCCAUUGAGGAUAUGGAGGUCGAAACCAUUGAGGAAAUAGAGGUCGACCCAUUGAGGAUAUGGAUGUCAGCCCAUUGAGGAUAUGGAGGUCAAACCCAUUGAGGAUAUGGAGGUCGACCCAUUGAGGAUAUGGAGGUCAACCCAUUGAGGAUAUGGAGGUCAACCCAUUAAGGAUAUGGAGGUCAACCCAUUAAGGAAAUAGAGGUCAACCCAUUGUGGAUAUGGAGGUCAAUCCAUUGAGGAUAUGGAUGUCAACCCUUGGUGGACUGGAAGAUAUAUCUGUAUAAAUUUUAGAUCUCUAGGUAUGCAUUGUGGAGUGUAUAUGAGGAUCUUUUCAUGUUUUUAUGUAGAUCUAGAUAACUGGCAAGGCUUCUGCCACCCAGGUAUAUUUGUAUGUACAUGUAUCAUCACAGACAGACUUCAAAAUUCAAUCUUCCAAAGAAAAUGUGGGAUUCUGUAUUAUAUUUUUGUUGCAAUUUCAUUACUGAAACUGGGCUGAUAUCACUUAAUCAAGGUCUCAAUUGUUUCAAUAGUGAUGUCAUAACUUCAUUGUCAUUUUGAUGUCAUGGCGAGCAAGAGUUGGAAAGGUUUGUUGUUAUUGGAAGAGUGAAACGACCAUAUUCACCAUGAAAAUUUGUAAAAAAAAAAAAAAUAUUUAUGACUUACUACAGCUGUAAA